CACACGUCCACUCCAGCGCUCCUGUGAUGCUGGCAAUCUCUUGGAUGCGCACAGUCCGGUGCGUUUUGUUUUGCCGCAACUUGCUUUUUUUUUUUCCCCAUUUCGAAAAAUGAAACUUAUUUAAUUUUUUUCUUAUAUUUGUAGUAAAAAAAGUGUCUCAAUGUAAUUUUGUUAGAUCUUAUUUGAGCCAUGGAUGGAGUGACGCGAAGAGGAUCGGUUUGGGAAUAAAACUUGGGUUGUGUGCCGCUGUGACCCGUCCGUGGUGUGCUCGCUUGGAUAAAAGCCUUUUUGGUUUGUCAUGGUCUCCAAACUACCGGCGAGUUUGCUUGGAAAACCAUGGAGCACCGAAAGAGACUCUUCUGCUACAUCUUCAUCGCGGCGGAGCUCUGCUUGGGCGCAGCGCAAGUCCUCCGAAUCGGUGGCAUUUUCGAGACCAGGGAAAGUGAGUUAGUGAGCAUGGACGAGCUGGCCUUCAAGUUUGCUGUAAAUAACAUAAACCGCAAUAAGACCUUGAUGCCCAACGCCACUCUGACCUACGACAUUCAGAGGAUCAACGUCUUUGAUGGCUUUGAGGCUUCCAGAAGAGCGUGUGACCAGCUUGCUCUCGGGGUAGUUGCUGUCUUUGGACCCUCUCACAGUUCCUCAGUCAGUGCGGUGCAGUCCAUCUGCAAUGCUUUGGAAGUUCCUCAUAUACAGACUCGCUGGAAGCACCCAUCAGUGGACAACAAGGACACGUUUUUUAUCAACCUGUAUCCUGAGUACACAGCCAUCGCCAGGGCCAUCCUGGAUGUGGUCACAUUUUUUAAAUGGAGGAAACUGACUGUGGUCUAUGAGGACAGUACAGGUCUGAUGCGGAUGCAGGAGUUGAUCAAGGCUCCAGCAAAAUUAAACUUGAAAAUCAGGAUACGGCAGCUCACCCCUGGUAACCAAGACGCUCGGCCGCUGCUGAAGGAGCUGAAAAAAGACAGAGAAUUUUUUAUCCUCUUUGACUGUUCCUAUCGCACAGCUUCAGAACUUCUAAAACAGCUGUCAUCCAUGGGAAUGAUGACCGAAUACUACCAUUUUUUCUUCACUACGUUGGAUUUGUUCGCUCUGGACCUGGAGCCCUACCGUUACAGCGGGGUCAACAUGACUGGUUUCAGACUGCUUAACUUUGAUGACCCAUGGGUGGCUUCGACCAUUGACAAAUGGGCCACGGACAGAGUGCAGGGUCCCAAACAGGAGAGCGGUCUGAUGGAGGGAGUCAUGACAACAGAUGCAGCCUUGAUGUUUGAUGCAGUGUACAUGGUUGCAGUCGCAUCGCAGCGGGCCACUCAGAUGACCGUCAGUUCGCUGCAGUGUCACCGCCACAAACCCUGGCGCUUUGGACCUCGCUUUAUGAACCUGUUCAAGGAGGCACAGUGGGAUGGACUGACAGGUCACAUUGUUCUUAAUAAGACAGAUGGCCUAAGGAGAGACUUUGAUUUGGACGUUAUCAGCCUCCAAGAAGACGGCACUGCCAGAGUGGCUGUGUGGAACUCGUACAGGGGGAUGAAACUGAUGGAGAAGCCCAACCGGGACAAGAAUACCAAUGUUACGGACUCUCUGGCCAACAGGACUCUGAUUGUCACGACCAUACAGGAAAAUCCUUAUGUGAUGGUAAAAAAGUCCGAAAAGGAGCUGGUUGGAAACGACCGUUAUGAGGGAUACUGCAUGGACCUUUUGAAGGAGCUCUCCAACAUCUUGGGUUUUACGUAUGAAGUCCGGCUGGUGGGUGACGGGAAAUAUGGAGCCCAGAACGAUAAGGGAGAAUGGAAUGGGAUGGUCCGGGAGCUAAUUGACCAUGUGGCAGACCUUGCUGUGGCUCCAUUAACCAUCACCUACGUCCGAGAAAAGGUGAUCGACUUUUCCAAGCCCUUCAUGACUUUAGGAAUCAGCAUCUUGUACCGCAAACCCAACGGCACCAAUCCGGGCGUGUUUUCCUUCCUCAACCCUCUGUCCCCGGAUAUCUGGAUGUACGUGCUGUUAGCCUGCACUGGAGUCAGCUGUGUGCUCUUUGUGAUUGCAAGGUUUACUCCAUAUGAGUGGUACAACCCACAUGCAUGCAACCCAUCCUCAACUCUAGUACAGAAUAACUUCACUUUGCUCAACAGUUUUUGGUUUGGCAUUGGAGCACUAAUGCGACAAGGCUCUGAGGUGAUGCCUAAGGCUUUGUCCACACGUAUAGUCGGGGGUAUUUGGUGGUUCUUCACUUUAAUCAUCAUCUCCUCGUACACGGCCAACUUGGCAGCCUUCCUGACUGUGGAAAGAAUGGACGCGCCGAUUGACUCUGCAGACGACCUUGCCAAACAGACAAGGAUUGAAUAUGGGGCAGUGAGGGAUGGAUCCACUAUGACAUUCUUUAAGAAAUCAAAAAUCUCCACCUAUGAAAAGAUGUGGGCCUUCAUGAGCAGCAGGAAAACAGCCUUAGUGAAGAAUAACAAGGAGGGAAUCACCCGUGUUCUGACAACUGAUUACGCCAUGCUGAUGGAAUCCACGAGCAUCGAGUACAUCAGCCAAAGAAACUGCAACCUCACUCAGAUCGGAGGGCUCAUAGACUCCAAGGGCUACGGAGUGGGAACACCUAUUGGUUCUCCCUACAGGGACAAAAUCACAAUUGCCAUCCUUCAGCUGCAGGAGGAAGGGAAGCUACACAUGAUGAAGGAGAAGUGGUGGAGGGGCAACGGUUGUCCAGAGGAGGACAACAAGGAGGCCAAUGCUUUGGGCGUGGAGAACAUUGGUGGGAUCUUCAUUGUUCUGGCUGCCGGUCUGGUGCUUUCUGUUUUUGUGGCAAUUGGAGAGUUCAUCUACAAGGCCAGAAGGAAUGCUGACAUAGAGGAGUGUCUGUCUUUUAGCGCUGUGAUGGAGGAGCUGGGUAUAUCCCUGCAGUGUUACAAAGGUGUCCGGAGUAGGCCCCGACCGCAAAGCGCAGCAAGGUCUCCUUGCGUCUUCUGUCAGCCAAAACGUGCUGCGAAGAGGGAAGGAGGAAGACGAGACUCCAGCUCAUGAGCCUUUGAUCCAAAACUUGACGCAAUCUGCAUCAGAGACUGAGAACUUACUUUAUAACAUCUCAGCGUUUUUGAGCCACAAAUAAACUAAAAAAAAGCUGUUUAUAUUCCUCUUUAAUCUUGUUUCUUUAGUGUUUUCUUUAGUGUUUGAAGCACUAUACUGUAGCUGUAGUUUACAGUAUCGUAGCACUGUAAAAACAUCAAAAGUGUCAAAGCGAUUGGUGACUAUAACAAUUGCAUCACUCUUAUAAGUUUAUACAGUUGGUAUAAAUGUAAAGCAGCUUUACUGGUUUUUAAAUUAAACACAGUUUUCUGUUGGGUUUU